GCCGGCUUACCAUCCAGAUGGAGCACGCUCACGCGCUCCCUAAAUUAUGUAACGACAUUCUGUCCCUACCGCCCCUAGACGAAGGCCUAGCCUAUCCUGCCAGCGUGGACCCCAUCUUCGCCCUGCCCUCGGAGCUGGACGCCUCAUCCUGCGAAGCCCCAGAUGCACUCGGUGACAGUGGUCCUUCUCGUCCCCGCAAUCAUCAACGACUCUCCGGCGAUGCCGUGAGAACCCUCAAAACAUGGCUCAAAAGCCACCCCAACAACCCCUAUCCCACGUCCCAGGAAAAGGAUGACCUGGAGCAACAGACCGGGUUGACUCGUACGCAAAUCUCCAACUGGUUCAUCAACGCUCGUCGACGCAAGCGAUCCACCGGGUACAUGGCUAUCCCACAGGGCCAGUCUCUCCUCUCCCCUAUGGAACGCUGGAGACACUCGCCCCCCGAAAGCGAAGCCGCCGCAACCGACGACAUCUUACGCGCUCUGGCCGACCCCGACAUCCCCGCCUUCCCGGGUAGCUCGCCGUACGGGGUACCGCAGUAUGCCUUGUCCAGCAAUGACUCCAGCGGUUCAUUCAUCCUCGGAGAGCCCUCCAGCAGCUGCGGACACAGCCAGUCCUCCAGCUCAGAGAUCUCCAUCGCCUUAUCGCACCGGCCUCCCCAGCGCCCUCCCACCCCGCUGCAUCGCGCACAACCUCGUCGCCGCCGACGGAAACACGUCCGCCACGCCAACCGCCUCCAGGAUACCCGCCGACCCUACCAGUGUACCUUUUGCGCGGACACCUUCGCGACCAAAUACGACUGGCAGCGGCACGAACAGGCCCUGCACCUGCCCGUAGACCAAUGGCGAUGCGCCCCGGACGGUGGCCUCAUCGACCACGACGGCACCCCUAUGUGCAUCUUCUGCCAGGAGCUCGGCGUCGACGAAGACCACCUCGAAAAGACCCACAACUACAGUAUCUGCCGCGACAAACCAGCCGAACAGCGCACCUUCACCCGCAAAGACCACCUCCGACAGCACCUGAAACUCACCCACCACGUAGACGGCCUCCAUCCCGCCAUGACCUCCUGGCGGGAGACGCGAGACUCCAUCCUCUCGCGCUGCGGAUUCUGCACCGCGACGUUCCACACGUGGCCUGACCGCGUUGACCACGUCGCCGAGCACUUCAAACACGGCUCCGACAUGAAGCAGUGGACGGGCGACUGGGGAUUCGAACCGGCAGUGCAGCGUCUCGUGGAGAAUGCCCUCCCGCCGUAUCUGGUCGGCCGGGAAUGGCAUACCCCGGAUCCGUGGCGGACGUCGGAUGUGCUUGGAAUGCCCGGGGAGGAGGAGGAUGAAGAAAUCCCGUUUCAUUGGGAUGUGCCGAAUGCGUUGGAUCGGUAUUACAAUGUCCAUCGGGAUCUGUUGGCGUAUAUUCGGGAUCAGAUGGCGGCGGGGAUGCGGCCGUCGGAUCAGAUGAUUCAGGAUCGCGCGAGGGUGUUUGCGUAUGAGAGUGAUGAUCCGUGGAAUCAGACGUAUGCCGAUGAUCCGUUUUGGUUGGAGAUGGUGAAGCAGGAGGCGGGGUUGGUUUAGUUGGUUAUAUGUAGAUGAUCUUUCUGCUUCAUUUUGUUUCCGAGAAGUGGAUGCGCUAGCGUUGUUUGUAUGAUUUAUCUUCAUAUUCAGCGUCGUCCCUCGGUGAACUAUUUCUUAUGGCCUUAUACAUCGAACUCGAUCAAGAGCAUGUUCUAUCAUAUGUCAGAGGGUAAAGAGACGUCCCGGUCAGGACGAGAAUAGUCG